CAGUAUUCCUCUAGCUCUCGUCGCCGGUGUGAGUCGUGGCGAAGUGCUCUCGCGGUGUCUAAAAAAUUUCAUCUUUCUUCUGACAGUCAGAGUUGUUGGAGAUUGUGGGAAGGUGCGCGAGUGCUUCUUGGCCAAAAAGUUAUUGUGUGUGCAGCCCAAGAAAGUCAAUGUAAAUUGACUCCCUUGUGGACGGAUUGGAGUCGAGUUCCGUGUAAGAUUUAAGCUUUCCAGCAGAGUGGUUCCGGAAGUGAGAUUGCGGUCGUUGCCUUUGCCUCGUUACCAGGAAGCGGUCAAUCACAUCGUUCCCCGAGAGAUCAACACCGGAAUAAGCGCUCAGAAUGAGCCGACGAUUUUCUCGCGCGGAGUCCGCAACGGAUCUGUUGGCGUUCCUGGAUCGCGGCUAUUCCGCCAACACUGAGAACCGAUGGACGUUCGAGGUCGCAUGGGAGGUCGCCAACAAAGUCGGUGGAAUUUACACCGUCAUCCGGUCGAAGGCUUUCGUGUCCACCGAGGAGCUGGGCGAUCAGUACUGCCUGAUGGGACCGUACAUGGAAGCCUCGGCCAGGACUGAGGUGGAGGCGUGCGAGUUCCCUAGCAAUGGUCCUCUGUAUCGGGCGGUGACCAACAUGCGGAACCAAGGCUACAAGGUGCACUGUGGCCGCUGGCUGGUGGAUGGAAAUCCGCAGAUUAUCCUGUUCGAUAUCGGAUCGGCCGCUUGGAAAAUGGAUAACUACAAACAAGAACUGUGGGAAUCGUCCAACGUGGGCAUCCCACAUCUGGAUGUCGAGAGUAAUGAUGCGGUUAUUCUUGGAUAUACCAUUGCCACCUUCAUUGAUGAGUUCAAAAAAUGUGCCGAACAGUACUCCCACGACAACGAGUUUGGACCACCGCGCAUUGUGGCUCACUUCCACGAGUGGCAGGCCGGCGUUGGUCUGAUAGCGCUCCGGACCCGGCACGUAGAUGUCGCCACCGUAUUCACGACCCAUGCCACACUACUGGGUCGAUACCUUUGUGCGGGUGCUACUGACUUCUACAACAACUUGGACAAGUUCCCGGUCGAUGAGGAAGCCGGUAAACGUCAAAUCUACCACCGGUACUGUCUGGAACGAGCUGCAUCUCACUUGAGUCAUGUGUUCACAACCGUAUCGGAGAUCACCGGGUACGAGUCGGAGCAUCUGCUUAAACGUAAACCGGACAUCAUUACCCCGAACGGGUUGAACGUUAAGAAGUUCUCUGCCAUUCACGAGUUCCAGAAUUUGCAUGCCAUGGCCAAGGAUAAAAUCCACGAAUUCACCCGUGGGCAUUUCUAUGGGCACUUCAACUUUGAUCUGGAUAAAACCCUCUACAUGUUCAUUGCCGGUCGAUACGAGUUCUCGAACAAGGGUGCCGAUGUCUUCAUCGAAGCACUUGCUCGACUCAACCAUAUGUUGAAGAGCAGUCUUCCGGAUGUUACGGUGGUGGCAUUUUUGAUUUUCCCAGCCAAAACGAACAACUUCAAUGUUGAAUCUUUGCGUGGCCAUGCCGUUACUAAGCAGCUACGUGAUACCAUCAACAGCAUCCAGCAGCAAGUUGGAAAGCGAAUGUACGACACUUGUUUGCAAGGACGCUUACCAGAAGGCGAUGAUCUUUUGACGAAGGAAGAUAUUGUCAAGAUCAAACGCUGUCUGUACUCGUUGCAGCGUGAUGGAAAUCCACCAGUUACAACCCAUAACGUGGUAGAUGACUGGAAUGAUCCGGUGCUGGAAUCGGUGCGUCGUUGUCAUCUCUUCAACACCAAGUACGAUCGGGUGAAGAUCGUUUUCCAUCCAGAGUUCCUUAACCAAACGAAUCCUCUGUUCGGUUUGGACUACGAGGAGUUCGUGCGUGGGUGUCAUUUGGGCGUUUUUCCGUCGUACUACGAACCAUGGGGCUACACACCUGCCGAAUGUACGGUCAUGGGUAUUCCCAGCAUCACGACUAAUCUCUCCGGUUUUGGUUGUUUCAUGCAAGAGCAUAUCGCCGAUCCCAAAUCGUACGGCAUCUACAUCGUCGAUCGUCGCCACGUAGCUGUUGAAGAGAGUGUUCAGCAGCUAGCAAAAUUCAUGUUUGACUUCUCUAAGCUUAAUCGACGUCAGAGAAUUAUCCAACGUAAUCGUACCGAGCGUUUGAGCGAUCUGCUCGAUUGGAGAAAUCUGGGAAUAUACUACCGCCAAGCGCGAAUCAAGGCACUGCAAGCUGUUUAUCCGGAUUACGUCGAUGAGUCUGAGAGUUAUCUGAAGCGUGCUGCCGACUUCAACUAUCCUCGUCCUGUUAGCGCCCCACCAAGCCCAAGCUCUUCCCGACACACCACUCCGGCUCCUUCAGUGCAUGGUUCCGACGAUGAACAGGAUUCCGUUAAUUCAGAGGAAGAGUUGGAAGAGCUAAGGAAGGACAACUGAGCGCCCUAGCGCUGCGGUUUGAAUAGGAAAAAAAGGAAAAAUGUAACUUCGUCACAAAUAAUCUUAGGCAUAUCCUAUUGAGCUGGGAAGCAGCAACAAUACAGAGAAGAAAUUGGAACCUACUCAAAUGCACCGCCAUAUUAGGAAAUACUUGAAGGAUAGGCGACACCUUAAAAGCCCAUUUUAUUUGUUAGGUUAAUGCUAAAUUUAUGUGUUAAGUUUUACAGUCUAUAUAUUGGAUCAUCACAAAUUGUCCCGAAUUUAUCUUAACGUGUGUUCAGCCGAUGUGAAAAUCCGUUCCAUCAGAAGUUUUUAGAGCUUAUUUAUCAAUAGUUAUGUUAGAUCAGAUAGAGGAAAACUAAAAGCAAUGGGAAGUGAAGCGUUUUAUGUUAUUUUCUCAAUUGGAUGAUUUUUUAGGUUACACUUUAAUA